AUGACAUCUUCCAACGUCGCUCUAUUCGUGGUUGCCGUUCUCGUGUUCGGGACAACCGUCAACUCUCAGUCAGUGUACCAGCAGACCUACGGACAGGGUGUCUACUCCCAAUACCCAAGGAGUUCCGUCUCUAUUUGGAUUAUACCAAUUGUCCUAGUCGUUCUGGUCGUGGUACUGAUUCCAUCAUUGGUCGGAAGUUCCUGGAUUAUGGUUGACAAAAUGAAAACACGUCCACCUACACCGACCACCUCGACUACGACUAUGACUACACCGAGCACGUCGAUACCGACUACUUCGACCACAACUAUGACUACAACUACCACACCUGAUGGAAGUGGAUAAGGGAGAUAAUUAAGACAACUGGCUGAGAUUUUAAACCCGGAAAUGUAGCAGAGUACUGAUGAAUAAAAAAUGAUAACGUUUUGUGUUGAAAUGUGUUGAAUUUUGAAAUUAUGACUUUCAAUAAUUUCCUCUGAAUAGUACGUACAAAUCAUGAAUGUAGAAACUAUUUCAACAAUGUUGGUUGUUAUCACAUAUAAACUCUCGCUUGUAACGCA